CCUUGACGUCCAUACCACGCCUUGCAAUCCCCACUCCACCUGAUCCCGCGCCGAGAGUAGCACAGGAUGCCCUCUGCGCCUUCUACAUCAUCGCGGCGGCAGCCAGCAGCAUCGCAGUCGGCGUCGGGCGACCCUUCCUCCUCUUCCGCCAACGCCUUGCGCCGACCCAGUACCCUCGCCUCCGAGGACGUGUCCCUCUUCACCUGCCUCUCGGCCUACUCGGACGCACUCGAUGCUCUUCCCCUUGACCUCACUCGCUCCUUUUCCGACUUGCGAGAACUCGACGCUGUCCUCGGCCCGCAUAUAACGUCCCUCAUCUCCCGGUUGAACGGCCUCAACGAGAUCGUUCGCGAUGUAGACGGCUCCUACGCAGCCCAGGGCAUCACUUCCGGACAGCGCCUCCUACUUCUCAAAGAGUGCGCCGAAGAGGCUAGGGCCUACAGGAUGGGCGGUGAAGACAAGAUCCGCGUCGCGCUCAACACCUGUGAGACAAUCAUGAGCCACACAGAGUACAUCGAUGCCAUCCUGGACAAUCUCACCUCACAUCCCGAGCUCAGGGAGAUCUUCGAGACUGAACGUCGUCCACACGUCGCUGGAGAGCUCAGCGACGGAACCCCCAUCACAGUCGCGUCAGCCAACGCUGCUAUCAUGGCCGCUGGAGGCUCAGGCAUCUUUGCCAACCCAGCAACUGAGGCAGGUGGCAGAUUCGGCGUCGGGGGAGGCAUUGGCGGCGUGGGUCUCACCACCUUCAACGGCAUGGAGGUAGACAAGACGACUGCGGGCGGAUCUGCCGUUGGCUCGUCAAAGAAGAAAAAGGUGGCAGCAGGCGGUGCUGAUAAAGACACACCUGGCAAGGCCCCCUCAUCAGCUGCUGCAUCGGGCGUCAAGAGUGCAGCGGCUGCUUCCGGAUCUUCGAAGAAACGCAAAGCAAGUGGAGCUCCUGGCAACGGCAAGGACGACGACGAUUCGGGUACGCCUAGCAAAAAGACGAGCACUCCAACCACCUCGCGCAAGAAGGGUUCGGCAGCAGCAGCAGCCGCUGCCGCCUUAGCCCGCGAUUCGCCUGGGCCCUCUUCGGCGAGCAGGUCCAACAGUCGAGGUGGUAUCGGCGGCGGAGCAGACGAUGAGCCACCCUCUCGUGGCACCUCCUCACGGGGACACGUUGCCUCUGCGCUAGCUCAGAGUGCAAGUGCUGCCCGCUCCUCUCGCGCUGGAUCAGAAGCACAGAGGCGAGAUGAUCUCAAGGACGAUGACGAUGGGUCUUCUUCCAGGGCAGGAAGUGUCGUAGCCGUUCCUUCCGGGACUCGCUCACGCCCUGCUCGAGGAGGACCUGCCCGAGGCGGAACGGCCAUGAACGCUACGGGCAGCUCACUGCGCCGCGGACAUGCGGCCGACGACGAUCAAGACGGGUAUGGCGGCGAGGACGGAUACGAUGAAGACGAUCGAGGUGGAGCGGACGAAGAGAGUGGUGCCGUUGCUCCCUCUUACCCAGCUGCUGCUAGUACUGGUCGACGUGGCGGAGGCAAGAAUGCACUGGAGCGCACCGCCUCUUCCUCCUCCCUGGCUCUGGGCUCCCAUGCGGGUCUGCAGAACGAUGAAGCCCUUUCCCCUGCUGGAGACGGAGCGGGUGGAGUGCCCCUGGGAGGAAGCGGACCGGGCAGUGUAGGAGGGGACGAAGCGGAUGAGAGGAGGUACUGCUUCUGCAACAAUGUCUCGUACGGAGAUAUGAUCGGGUGCGAUGACGAUGCCUGCGAGAGGGAAUGGUUCCACUUGGGAUGCGUGGGCCUCACCAAGCCUCCCUCCGGAACAUGGUACUGCGACGACUGUCUGGACCGAAGAGCAGCCAAAGCCUCCAAGAGCAAAUCCAAAUCCAACUCUUCUGGCGCAGGGGCGGGCGGCUCUGCUUCCAAAUCCCGUCUCGCACGAACGUCGGGCACGCACGGAGGUGGUGGAAUCGAUCUAGCUACUACCGGCGGUGCCAGUGGGAACAAUGUUGCGACAGGAGGAGGAGGUAGAUCGGGUGGAAGUGCGGGGACGGGGGGAGGAAAGUCGCUGCGUCGCUGAGAGGCCGGGAGACGGAAGAAGCGAAGGGAGCGAGGCUUCUGAGACGUCAGCAAGGGCGAGGAAGCGCAGCGGUAGGUAGACGCAAUGUGUGUCUUCCUUUGCUUGUAAUUGUGAAUGCAAUUGUGAUGUGUGUGAUGAAGCAUGAC